UCUGCAUCUCUGCAUUUUCUCUCCUCCCGCUUCACAGUGUGGGAAGCUCAAUGCAGCAACAAAACCAACAUACUUAGAAGAAGACGAGAUGGAAUAGUUGGUUUAUAAGACUGGUCUCAUUAUCCGGACGAGGACUGCACCAACAACACUUAUUUUAAUGAUGAGGCGUAGAGUGGCAUCUCUUUUUCGAGCGUAUUUUACACAGCUGAAUUAUUAAUUUCCUCGUCGGACUGACAUCAGAGCACGUAGUUUCUUUUUUCCUCUUAUCUCGCAACUUGCAUAAUCCCAAGAAGAGGCAGGAAUUCAACUGGAGUCGGUUUCCGAUUUUCGGCAAUCGGGUUGAGCCGCGACGCGCGAUGGAUUGUUGCGAUUAAUUUAUUAAGAUCUGUAUCAGUUUUUUAUUUAUUUAUUUUUUCUCCCCUCUUCCGAACUGUUGAGCGAACUGUCCGUUCAAAUAGCCUCCAAACUGAUGUUCAGUUCAUUCAACGGAAGAAUGUUGGACUUGUUUUGCAUCCAAAUUUGCCACUUGCCGUUUCUCCAUUUCCACUUCGGGUUUGAAACGAUUUCAUUCUUCAGCGCAAAUACGCAGCGCAGUGUUUGAGAUGCCUCAAAAGAGCUCAAUAACCUUGGGAUUUUAUGACACAUUAUAUGUUUUGUACAAGUGGAGCUUGACGAGAGAGGCUGAGACUGAAAUUUGAACCUGACUGAAUGGGAAUAGUCCCUCUCUUGGCGCUCCCAAUGUCCGGUGUAAUCUGAAAAGGAGGAUAAAUGAACAUUGCCGGUUUCUAAAUGGUUUACUGGGGGAUUUGUAAAAGGCAAAAUGCUGCUGCUUGUUCUGUUGGCCUUUUCCAUAUCGGGUUCAUUUUGUGACUUGGAUUCGGACCUCAGAGCUGAGACCUGCAGCGCUUGCUCCUGCAUGUCCAUCGAGAACGUCCUCUAUGUGAACUGUGAGAAAAUAACUGUGUACAGACCUACACAGCUGCAUCCGCCAGCAUCCAGCCUCUACCAUUUGAAUUUCCAGAACAACCUUUUGUACAUCCUUUACCCCAACUCUUUUGUGAAUUUCACACACGCAGUCUCACUCCAGCUGGGGAACAACAAACUCCAGAACAUUGAGGGAGGGGCCUUUGUGGGGCUCAGUGCUUUGAAACAGUUGCACUUAAAUAACAAUGAGUUAAAAGAGCUACGUGCUGACACUUUCCGAGGGAUUGAAAACUUGGAAUACCUCCAGGCUGACUACAAUUUAAUCAAGUUUAUUGAGAAAGGAGCCUUCAACAAAUUACAUAAACUGAAGGUUCUCAUUUUAAAUGACAAUCUAAUUCAAAGCCUACCUGAGAACAUUUUCCGAUUCGCCUCCCUUACUCACUUGGACAUAAGAGGGAAUAGGAUACAGAAGCUUCCUUAUCUUGGGGUUCUGGAGCACAUUGGGCGCAUAGUGGAAUUGCAGUUGGAUGACAACCCGUGGAAUUGCACUUGUGAUUUGUUACCUUUGAAAGCUUGGUUGGAAAAUAUGCCCUAUAACAUUUUCAUUGGGGAGGCCAUCUGUGAGACCCCCAGUGACUUGUAUGGCCGACUCUUGAAGGAGACUAACAAGCAGGAGCUGUGCCCCAUGGGUACAGGCAGUGACUUUGAUGUACGGAUGCCCCCCUCCCAGCCAGAGGGUGGGCUAACUAUGUCUAACGUGGCACCUUCAACCAUAGCACCUUUAGUGACCAAAGCACCCAAAACCACCAAUCCCUCCAAAAUAUAUGGCAACGGUAUUGUCGCUGGCAACCCAGCUGGUAAAAAUGGCCAAAUUGUGUCCUAUCAAACACGAAUCCCUCCCCUUUCUUGUCCCCAGCCCUGCACGUGCAAAGCUCACCCCUCUGAUUUUGGCAUUAGUGUCAGCUGUCAAGAGAGAAACAUCCAGAGCCUGGCAGAUCUUAUACCUAAACCACCAAAUGCCAAGAAAUUGCAUCUUAGUGGCAAUUACAUCCGAGAUAUCAGUCCCACGGACUUCCAAGGGUUUGAGGGUUUAGAUUUAUUGCAUUUGGGCAGCAAUCAAAUAUCCACAGUCCAAAAAGGUGUCUUUGCAAAUCUCACCAAUCUCCGUAGGCUGUACCUAAAUGGAAAUCAGCUCGAGCAGCUGCACCCUGAAAUGUUUCUUGGGCUUAGUAACCUCCAAUAUCUCUAUUUGGAGUACAAUGCCAUAAAGGAGGUGUUAGCAGGGACAUUUGACUCUAUGCCAAAUUUGCAGCUCUUGUACCUGAAUAACAAUGUGCUCAGAAGCUUGCCUGCGUACAUCUUUGCUGGGGUUUCUCUUGCCAGAUUGAAUCUAAAGAACAACCACUUCAUGACUCUGCCUGUGAGUGGCGUCCUAGACCAGCUCAAAUCUCUCACUCAGAUAGACUUGGAUGGCAACCCUUGGGAAUGCUCCUGUGAUUUAGUGGCUUUGAAACUGUGGCUCGAAAAACUGAAUGAAGGGGUCGCAGCCAAAGGGGUCAAGUGUGCGUCUCCAGUGCAGUUCUCCAACAUUGAGCUGAGAGAGCUGAAAAAUGAGAUCAUGUGCCCGAAGCUCAUAGCCAGGCCUCCUUUCAUCCUGACUAGUGCCACCCCUGUUCUCACAUCAUUGUCACCUGCAGGAGUUGGCAAGGCACCCCCCAGUGGCCCUGUACCCCUGUCUAUUAUGAUCCUGAGCAUACUGGUUGUACUGAUCCUCACUGUCUUUGUGGCCUUCUGCCUGCUGGUCUUUGUGCUGAGACGGAACAAAAAGCCAGCAGGGAGACAGGAGGGUCUCGGCAACCAGGAGUGCGGCUCGAUGCCUCUCCAGAUCAGGAGGCACAAUCACAAAUCAAACAAGGACGACCUGGGUGGAGAGACCUUCAUCCCACAGACCAUCGAGCACAUGAGUAAAGCUCAUACGUGUGGAAUUAGAGACUCUGAUUCAGGCUACAAAUUUAUAGACUCAGAGAGACAGAAAAUGAUGUUACGCAACAGUGCAGACCAAGACAAGGACUCUCUAUCCCUGGACCCCAGGAAGAGAUUAAGCACCAUCGACGAGCUGGACGAGUUCUUACCGGGACGAGACACCAUGUUUCUUCACAACUUCAUGGAGAGCAAAAAGGAUUUCAGCAGUAUAGGGGUGAGUGGCUUUGAGAUCCGUUACCCCGAGAAACCACAUGACAAAAAAAUGAAAAAGUCAUUAAUAGGGGGCAACCACAGUAAGAUAGUGAUUGAACAGCGUAAAAGUGAUUAUUAUGAACUAAAGGCAAAAAUGGGGACCCCAGACUACCUUCAAGUACUAGAGGAACAGACAGCCCUCAGUAAAUUCUAGAACAGCAUCUGCAUCUGUCCCGUAAUGACAAAAGUGCCUUAAGACAAAUCUUAAUGACCAAUGGAAUACCGGACACAUUUCAUUUACUCAAAGUGUAACUCCCUUAGAAUUGGUGGCUGUGUUAAAAAAAGAAAAAUCACAUACCAUGUUUAUGUUGUAAUGCCAUUAAGAAUUAAGAAUCACAUCAGUCAGUAUCUUUACAAAAUAGUCAUAGUUUGCUGCUACUGAUAUGGGUUCCGUCAAAUUCUGCUGAACUUUGUUUUUUUUUACCAAAUGAUUGGGUCAUGAAACGGUGUUGAGUGUACUUCAUAUUGACCCUUCUUCAUUGUGUUUGGUUGGAAGUAUUUUUAGGCAUCUUGGGAUGACAAAAUCAAAUGGAGUGGAAGAAUUGGAAGUUGGCACAUGCUUGAAAGUGGUGGAAUACUGCAGACUCCCCUCUCUUGGAUUAUAUUUUGCCACUUUUGGGGGACUUGAAACUCUUGGAUUUGAUUAAAUCUGAAGGUACUGGCAGCCAACAUCCGUACACUUUGGAUUAUUCCAAUUACUUGUAAAGAGCCAUUUGAUAUUGUUCUACUGAAAUGUGAUUCUUCUUGAAGUGUUUGGUUAUGGCACAUGACAGGACAUUCAUGAACUCAAGAGAAACUAAACAGCUGCUUGCCAUGUAAGCGUAUCUGGAUUUAUUUUGUAAGUCAACAUUAUUUGUAUUUGUGGGGCAGUUGUGUAAAUUACAACAGUCGACAAUUAAAUUCAACAGUCUCAUCUGAAGAAAAUAGUGGAAAUAUGAAAAAUCGAUAAAAAAGAUGACCACUGUCACCAGUCAAUUCGUAGUUUAACUUCAUAUUUAAUUUAUUUUUCUAUGCAGAAUUAUUUAAAGACUAUUGGUACUAUUUAACAAUUUCAAGGGACAUUUUGAAUGCUAUAAGUGAUGCAGGCUCUUAGCCGGAGCUCUAAAAUUCUGUUCUGACCUGAGUUACAUUCUGAAUUCUGCUAGUGGCGGAUAGAUGGCGGUGAUGAUGUCAUUUUCACUGUCACGUUGCACGAGGUGAGGCCUCCUAGCGUAUCACGUCUAACAGUUUGCUUAUUCUUAUAUCCCAGAGCAACUUGUAAAACGUUUUUUAUUAACAAUAUGCAACCAAAUAAGUGUGCAUUAACGUGAUAUGAUUCUGGAUAGAGCGAGCGGCAUUGUGGAAAUGAUUCAUUUGAUGUAAUUUAUUGGCUUUGUGGAGAGGAUUGUGUUUUAUCGACAUGACUGUGAGACCCAACUCACCUUAUAAAAAGGCAGAUUUGGUCAGAAUCAUAUCACUUUUCAUGUGCAAUAUUAUUACGCUCAAUCAUGUUAGCUUGAAAUCUUAUUUUGUUUGUCAGUUCAGAUUAAUAUUGCAGAGAGAAAGCUUGAUUUUUUUAAAGGGGAAAGGCUUAUGUUUCAUUCAGUCUUUAUUUGAAGAAUUAAGUUAACGAUUGUUUAUUAGAAUGUACCAUGAGAGAUAAAAAUAAAUACAAUUUUAUAUCAGUCAUGAGAAAUCUGUAUAUUGGUUAUUAAUUUCAUUGUGCAAUCCUGUUGAGGUCAAGGUAUUAAAAUCCAAUCUAAUUUGC